GUAUAAAAGGCAUGCUUACAGAGUGUUUCUUCAGUACUCUUCUGAAACCUAGGAGAGGAUGAAGACUCUGGUAUUUUUACUCUUGGUUUUGACGCAGUGGACAAGAGCCGCUCCUGUGAAAGACGAUGGCAGCUCGUCUUUGACGUAUCGAUGUAACUGCAGAGGGUCUGAUGACGACGACGGAUACGGUUAUCCAGAUGAUGAUUAUGCAGACUAUCCAGGAGACCGGAUGGGAAACGGCAAGCGCCCAAGUGGUUGUAUUAAAGGCAUAGUGAUUAUUCCAAUUCCCGGACCUGGCAAUGGAAAACGAUCCCCCAAACCACCAGGUCAGAUGCCACCGGGCCCAAGUCAACCAGUCCCAUGUCCUCCUGGAUGGAUACCACAUCCACCUGGUCACCCUAUUCCUCCUGGUCACCCUAUUCCUCCUGGUCACCCUAUUCCUCCUGGUCACCCUAUUCCAGUUCCACCCCCUGGUUACAUUGUACCACCUCAUUGGUAUCCCCAUCCACAAAGUGUGUAUCCGAUUCCACAUCCGAAUGUUCCACAACCGCAUCCACUUCCACCUCCACCUGGUCACCCUAUUCCUCCAGGACAUAUUCCGGUUCCACCCCCUGGUUACAUUGUACCACCUCAUUGGUAUCCCCAUCCACAAAGUGUGUAUCCGAUUCCACAUCCGAAUGUUCCACAACCGCAUCCGCUUCCACCUCCACCCAGUCGGAGGAGAUGUGUUUGCACUUAUGACUAACGUUGUGGUAGCGGCGGCGUUGUUUGAAUCUGUGGAAACCAAAAUUAUCCUGCUAUUCGGCUUCGAAUCCCUUUCCGUUUCAAGAAAUUCGCACGCCGUCGUUAUAAGGGCAAUUGUGGAAACCGUUAAAGCAAUCAAAAGAAGAGAGAAAAAUUAUGUGCAUGAAAAUAAAUAAUUUAGUUUUCUCUCUGCAUAAAAUAGUGUUGGUCUAAUAAACAGC